AUGCGCCAUUACACGGUUUGUCAGGAGAUUGUGGAUUGGCUUCGUGCUCAUGAGGCCACGGAAGCCUGCGUUGUUCUGGAUGACUUGGACUUGUCUCCAUCGCUGGGCAAAUCCUGCGUGAUUGUCAAUGGUCAGGAAGCACUAACAGAUGCGGAUGCAGAGUCCGCGGUGGAAGUGCUCACCACGGAUGCCGGUGACGUCUCCGAAUUGCUCAAAGCUUUCGUGCAAGUCGGGGAAGAGAUGGCAUGGCGGCACCGCUGGGAGAUGCUGGAGAGGAAGGCAGCAAAGAAGAAAAAAAAAGAAAAAAGAGAAGAAGGAGAGCUAAGGAGGAGUGAACGUCUCCAGAAGAAAAAGGUCAAGACCGUUGCGCAGGCAAAAGAAAGAUCCGUGAACGAGCAACUCGACGCUUGUAUGCUUGCCUGA